AUGGUUGCGCCGGCAGUGCCUGAGUUAACCGAGGACAUCCUCCACGAGUCGAUCGAUGCCAGGACAGAAUCGCUUGCGACGCUGCGAGAGCUGGGUCCGCCGGAUCUGGUCCAUCUCGUGAAGCAGGCAGUGCGCAAUCCGGGAAAGCAGACCGGCGUCUACCAUCAUGUCACGGGUGUCGAUGCGUCGUCUUCGGCAAGUCUUGCGGCUUAUAUCAACACUCUGACGUACAGAGACCAUGACCCAAACACAACCACCAGGAUCGUCGAGGGUGUGUACUGCUGCUACAAUGCUUUCUCGCGCCUGGACAUGCGCGUGCAUGUGUCUAUCCCUGGCACCGUCGAGAGCUAUUGCGUUGAUGAGCGAGGCGAAAAGCGAAAGGCAUCAGACGACCUGUGGCUGGAGACUUAUCUCUGCAGCGUUCUGAGAGCGUAUUCCUACGCCGACGACGGUAGCGGAGACAGCAUUCGCAAGAUUGUCGGCGUCCGAAGAUUCAAUCCUGUCACCAACACAGAGACUGAGCAUCGUUUCCUUAAUGCGGCCGAGCAGCUCUUCUUCCGAGGCAAGGAGAUGGAACGAAUCAUAGACCCUGUCCCGACGAAUGUGUCGAAUCAUCUCACCACCGGACUGCUCAAGUACCUCGAGACUACCGGCCGAUACACAUCCGGCAUCAACCUCUUCGAGAAGCUCCGAACUCAGAGCGUCGAGGUCGCCUCACUGCUUGCAAAGGUACUGUUCAUGGGUAAUGAAGAAGUGUCGGGAGUCAAGGUUCUGUACCAAUCGCUUCAGCAAACUCCCAUGGACUACGUCAUGCUCGACACGCAGGCAGAUUUUUUGAUGAAGAAGGCGCUCAAGGCCGACACGCUGGAAUUGAAGGAGGAGAGGCUCAAGAUGGCCCUCGGGUGCGCAGACCGCAGUACUAUCGCUGCGCCAAGCGAGUUCAGCACUUGGGCCAGACUCGCCCAGGUCUACGUUGCCAUGGAGGAUUGGGAGAAUGCUCUGACGAUACUCAACUCAUGCCCCAUGUUCACCUACCAGGACAAGGACUCUCCCCUGAUGCCAGAGCCGAGAGACGUCCAUCUGCCUACGCUGCCCGAGACGCGCCUCGACGAGAUUGACAGCGAGCCUGAGUCUAGGUAUGCUGAACAGGUCGAUCCGAGUCUGCUGAAUCUGAGGGCAGCGUCUUACCGCGGCACAUUCAAAAAGGCGUACAGCAUAUUGACGGAAAUGACGGCCAAGAUUGGUUGGGAUCAGCUUCUCAAGAUUCGCAGCAAUGUCUUUGUCAUGGAAGACGAGUACCGUACCGAGAAGCAAGAGGCUACCCAGGCUGCUCAGCCGAUGCGGAGUCCGAGCAUGGAUGGCCUUCGGGGCACGCCCGACCCGACUACGAACGGGGACGAGGGUUCAGAAGAUGGCGAGAAGCCCGCCGAAGCAGUCGCAUCAACACUGGCCCCUAACGGAGAGAACAGCGGAGUCGAGAAGCCUUCCAGCACUGCGGACCCCGACGAAGUCAAGGCCGAUGCUGAAAAUGGCACCAAUGCUGACGACCAUCUCUCCAAACUAAACACUAAGCGAUUGUGCGAGCGUUGGCUCGACAGCUUGUUCAUGGUUCUUUACGAGGAUCUGCGCGUCUACACGAUUUGGCGCACGCAGAUGGCUCAGUAUCGAGCCCAGCAAAUCCAGUACAAGAAGUCGGCUGAGGAGUGGGAAAUUCUCGGCUCGCUCGCGGAGCGUCUGCAGCACUUUGACGAGGCCGCCGAGGCAUACCGGGCGUGUCUGUCUUUGCGCUUCAGCCCCAAGGCCCUGGCAGGCGUGCUGCGCGUCUUCGAGAAGACCAAGAGCACCAGGGAGACGGUGGCGGCGGUGAUCCGGCUGGUUACUUGGCAGUACAGGUGGUACAGCGAGUUCAGCCCAGAGCUGCUUCACACAAUCCGGACCCUAAUCGAGGAUGAGGGCGCCGUCAAAGUCAGGAGCAUCAUCCAAGCAACGAGCCUCCCACAGAACGUGCUCGAUCUGACGCACCACUACGCCGCUUUAUGCGCAACAUUCCGCAGCAGCGGCACCGACGGCUAA